CUCAAACACGCAGACAACAGCCUGGCUUCGAUCCGUCACGACAUCCCUCUUCCCCAUACCUCUAUAGUUGGCAUGGCCUCUGAUUUCUGCUGACACUGGUUGUGUCCUUUUCGCUCACGUGGCGCCAUGGGUGUUGCCCGGCUGCUUGCUUCCUCCCAACUUAGGUACACUGCCUUAGCAGCCGCCGCAUGCGCUGGCAUCCACACGUCAUGCAGACGGCCGGCCAAAACGCGACUUGAUAGCCCUUACACCAAUUCCCUCCCUCAAGAUUCCGCCCUAGCAUCCUAUUCGCAACGGGUGCAGCGGCACUUUGAACAUGAGGAUCCCAAGUCUGCCACCAAACGGGGCGACGCGAAGAUCAUCGAUAGGGCCAAUGACGCCGAUACCUACGCUCCCACGUUUGAAGACGAUGAUGCAAAUGCAUGGGCUUUGUUCUCGAGAAACUUCAACAAUGUUCGUGAGGGCAUUUCGAGGAUAGAGUGGACAAAUAUCGGAGACAAAAUUACCGACUUUGUGGUGCCGAGUUGGGCAUGGCUACUCCCUGAUGGUAUCGAAAAGCUGCGCUUUGAGCUCUCCAUGGAACCCGGAACAUUGGCAGAUGAUGUUUGGCAAGAGGCACAUGAUCCUACAAUCAAUCCAGAAAUCUUGUGGGAUGCCAGAGUCCGAGUGGGAGACACUCUCGGCAGGGAUGAGCUCGAGUUUCGACGCAAGAGAAAGACUCAUGCUACCAAGGCUUUGGCAAAAUAUCUCGACUUGGACGAAAAAGAUGUCAACCCAGACGAUGUUCCUACAAUAGCCAUGUGCGGCAGUGGAGGCGGUCUCAGAGCUCUGGUGGCAGGAACUAGCAGCUACUUGUCAGCACAGGAAGCUGGUCUUUUCGACUGUGUCACAUACACCGCUGGAGUCAGUGGCAGUUGUUGGCUCCAGACAUUGUACUUCUCCUCCCUCGGCAAACAGAAUCACGCACAAAUGAUCAAGCACCUCAAGUCGAGAAUUGGCACACAUAUCGCCUUUCCCCCAGCUGCCUUGAAACUGGUUACUAGUGCUCCAACCAACAAAUUCCUUCUCAGUGGCUUUAUUGAAAAGCUCAAAGGUGAUCCUGGGGCUGACUUCGGUCUGGUCGACGUCUACAGCGGUCUCUUGGCGGCAAGACUGUUGGUCCCCAACGGUGACCUUGACGUUAGGGACGAGGAUCUUAAGUUGUCCAAUCAACGGGCGUACCUUGAAGAUGGCGCACAUCCUAUGCCCAUCUACACCGCUGUGCGACAUGAAAUCCCGAUCGACGCGGAAGAAAUGGAGGAGGCCAAGGAUAGCCUGUACGUGAAGCAAAAGAUCAAGGACAAAGCGAGGAAAGAAGCCUGGUUCCAAUGGAUCGAAAUGCACCCGUGGGAAGUGUGGUGUGAGGAGUUUGGCGCUGGAAUUCCCACCUGGGCCCUAGGCCGUCCUUUCAAAGGAGGCCGAAACCAAGUCAUGGAGACUGGUGUAGCUCUUCCAGAGCUACGACAGAGCCUGCUCCUCGGAAUUUGGGGUUCGGCAUUUUGUGCAACGCUGUCUCAUUACUACAAAGAAAUUAAACCCGCGUUGAUCGGCAUGGUGGGAUUUGCCGGCAUCAAUGAGCUUAUGGAAGAAAAGAAUGAGGACUUAGUCAAGAUUCACCCCAUCGAUCCUGCAACUAUCCCCAAUUUCGUCUAUGGCAUGGAAGGUCAGCUUCCUUCGACGUGCCCGGACUCGGUCUUCAAAACGGAUCAUCUUCAACUGAUGGACGCGGGAAUGAGCAAUAACUUGCCCAUCUACCCGCUGUUGCGGCCUGGAAGAGACGUCGACGUCUUGAUCGCCUUUGAUGCCUCUGCUGACAUACAAAAAGAGAAUUGGCUGUCAGUGGUCGACGGGUACGCCAAACAACGUGGCAUCAAAGGCUGGCCGAUGGGCGCAGGGUGGCCAAAAUCCUCGUCCAAGCCACAAGAGAAUGCUAUGGCAUUGGAAGAAGCACAAGUGUCAACUCCUCAAGAAGCAGCUGGGAAAUUAGCCGAAGCUAGAGAAGCCAGUCGACAGCAAAAGGAUCAGGAAGAUGAACCUCAUGCAGAUCAGGCACCGACUCGAGCAUCUUCGCACCAGACAUCGCCCGAGACCGGGGAAAAGGUUCCCGAAAGCCCAACCACGGGAUCUGCCCCAGAUGCCCCGACCACAGAGCUUGGAUCGUGCAAUGUAUGGGUGGGAACCAAGGAAGAGCGUUCCAGCGAUCAAGAACCACCGCCGUCAAAAUUACUGGCGUGGGAUGAUACCUCCGACUCGACAUUUGCACUUACGAAGCCCGAAGCUGGCAUCGCCGUGAUUUAUUUCCCUCUUCUUCCUAAUCCCAAAGUCGAAGGGGUUGAUCCAGAUAAGACCGACUAUCUGUCGACGUGGAAUUUCAUUUAUACACCGGAACAAAUCGACAAGGUGGUGGAACUGGCAAAGACAAAUUUUGAAGAAGGGGCAGACAUCACCAAGAGAACCAUAAGGGCAGUUUACGAAAGAAAGAAGAAGGAGAGGGAGGAGAAAGAGAGCCGAAGGCUUCAAAAGACGUGGAAGCACACAUUAAGAGAGCACGGCGACGGGUUCACGGGCGCUUGGAAGUGAUGCUAAGAUCAAGCAAUUAAUAACAGAGAAUAGAUGUCAUUAGAAGGGAAAUAGGACAUAGAUGAAUACAUGAUGUAUGAUAUAUA